GGAACUCUUCCAGUUUCUCACCUCGCCUAACAUUUUCUCCUCCUUGACGUUUUUUUCUUUCUCGGAAAUCUCAGAUCGAACUGGUGAGAUAUUUAUUGUUGUAGAGAUUUCUCUUUCUUGUUUGUUGUAAGGGAAGAUGAAGGUGAGUGUGAAAGAAUCGUGUAUUGUACGACCGGCACAAGACACACCAAAACACAGCAUAUGGAUUUCUAACCUCGAUUUGCUGCAAGCGAGGUUGCACGUAGGUCUGAUUCACUGUUAUGAGCUCGAUGGCUCUUCUAAUUUCUUCGACACAGAGCUGCUUAAGGAGACUUUAAGCAGAACUCUUGUGCCGUUCUAUCCUGUUGCUGGCAGGCUCCGGAGAGAUCACAAUGGGAGGCCUGAGAUCUACUGCAACGCAGACGGAGUGCUGUUCGUUGUGGCUGAAACCGAUUCUGUUAUGGGGGGCUUUGCCGGAGUUACUCGGAAUCCAGAAUUCCGUCACUGUGUUCCAACAGUUGAUUACUCAACUGACAUCUCUUCUUAUCCUCUUCUUUUGGUACAGGUAACAUUCUUCAAGUGCGGAGGAGUUUGUCUGAGCAUUGGAUGGCAUCUAUUGUUGUCGGACGGCCAUGCUUUGAUAAAUUUCACCAGGUCAUGGGCUCAGCUGGCUCGUGGUCUUCCCACCAACAUCACGCCGUUCUUUGAUCGGACCUUACUCCGUGCUCGGUUCCCACCGUCGAUUACAUUUCACCAUCCCGAAUUCGACCCACCUCCCACCAUGAAUAGCCCUAAUCAAACACAAGAAUUCCAAUCAUGUCCCAAACUUGUCAUUCUCAAACUUACUCUUGACCAGCUUAAGGUGUUAAAAGCCAGCGUCAAUGGCACCAAAACAACAGCUAAUUACACCACUCAUGAGGUCCUGGUAGCUCACAUUUGGCGUUGUGUGAGCAGAGCACGUUGCCUCGCCGAUGAUCAAGCCACGAGGCUACACGUGACGCUAAAUGGACGGUUCAAAUUAGUUCCUCCACUCCCACAAAACUAUUUUGGUAGCGCCAUUUUUCCCGUCAGACCUAUUGCUCUGGCAGGUGAUCUCCGCAGAGAGCCAUUGGAAGACACUGCAGAGAGAAUUCAUAGAGCGACGAAGAAGAUGAACGAUGGUUAUUUGAGGUCAGCCAUUGAUUAUUUAGAAAAGCAUCCUGAUAUAGAAUGUCUUGUUCCUAGGAAAGGGAAUGAAAUUUAUCGAUGUCCGAAUCUCAGCAUUGUCAGCUGGAGUCGUUUGCCUUUCCAUGAUUUUGAUUUUGGAUGGGGAAAAGCUGUGUAUGCAGGGCCAGCAAGUAUUUAUAGUGAAGGGAAAGGGUAUAUAUCGGCAAGUCCAGCCAGUGACGGUAGCUUGUUGCUUGCCAUUUGCUUGGAGAUAAACCAUGUGCCCUUGUUCAAGAAGCUUUUAUACGAGGUCAUGCCGGUUUCAGCCAUGUGAAAGCGCCUAUUUGGCGUAUGUAUUUAUAUUUUAGAAAAUAUAAUCAUGUUUAUAGUUUCUACUGCCAAGCGCUGUGGCAAUUGGGAAAAUGUCUUUUCCUUCUUUUUCUUUUCAAGAAUUAAUAUCAUAUGCGGCUAGUACCGAUAUCAAAUUGAAUUUUCACCCGACCCA